AUUUAAAGUAAUUGCCAAUGAACAACAGGGAAUAAAGUUCUGAACAUCGACCUUGAUUUAACCUAACCAGAAGGUUACUUCUCAAAUAAUCGAAGGAGUCUUCCGCCGCUCUAUUGCCACUUUGAAUAAUCGAUUGCUCGACCUCUUCAAGUAAUCUUCUCCGCAAUAUCUACUCUUCCAAGCUUCGACGUUGAAGCUCUGAACCUGUGGAAACGGCUUCAUCUCUUUUUCUCUAACACGUCCGGGCGCUCUCUUAUUCCUGUUAUAUAUGGAUAUUGAGAUGGAGAAUCCUGAAGAGGAGACUGAAGUUGAAUCUGGUUCAGAAGAAGAAGACGAUGACCAAGCUGUGAAAUCGGCUGAACCUUCAAAGGAUGCCGUUUACAACAAGAAUGGGUUGCUAGACAAGCUUGGAGACAUCAGCUGGCCUGAAAAAGUGGACUGGAUACACAGACUCUCAUUUGACAUAGACAAAGAGGGAGAAGAAGUGGACGUGAAUGAUGACCUGGCACGAGAGCUUGCAUUCUACACACAGGCCUUGCACGGGACACGGGAAGCCUAUCUCAAGCUUCAAUCCGCCGGGCUUCCAUUUUUGAGGCCCUCUGAUUACUAUGCUGAAAUGGUGAAAUCUGACGUCCAUAUGGAAAAAGUUAAGGGCCGUCUGUUGUCAGAAAAGAAAAGGAUUGAGGAAGCCGAGGAAAGGAAGAAGGCUAGGGAGAACAAGAAAAUAGCUAAAGAAAUGCAGGCUCAGAAACUGAAAGAAAGGGCUCAGCAGAAGAAACAUGAUAUUGAGUCUGUCAAGCAGUGGAGGAAACAAAGGCAGCAGAGUGGGUUUGACAAAGAUGCGAAAGCUGAACUCGAUUUAGACUUUGAAGAUGGUAAUGGUAAGGUUUUCCAACGAUCUGGUAAAAACAGGCCAGGGGUGGCCCCCGGUGAUCGUUCGGGAGGGAAGGGCAGAUUUGGUAGUGGAAACACUAAAAAGGGAGGGUUUAAGAACUCCAAAUUUGGUUUUGGUGGGCAGAAAGGUGGGAAGAAGCAAAACACUGCCGACUCUACCAAUGAUUUUCGAUCGUUCAACAAAAAUAGAGAUUCCUCUGGUGGUAAAAGGAGAAGGGUGAAGUGAUCAAUUUCGUUUAGCAUAUUUUUAAAAUUUGUUUUAGGAUCAUUAUUUGUAUUUUGAAGCUGAGUGCCCCCCUUGUUUUGUACUCUUAUCUAUUUAAAUUUCGAAAUUGAUCUAGCUCUGUACCUUUGAAUUGUUUAAAUAUGAUCACUAUUUCCACACAUUUCUUUUUUGAGUUAUGCUACAACGCCUACAAGUAUACCGUCAGUUACAUUGUUUUGGUAUCCGUCUGUUAUCGAGUUCUGUUAUUCAAUGUAUC